UCUUGGUGCUGGGCAGCCCAUAAAAGGGAACAGUCUACGCAGUGUCGCAGUCUAUUGAAACAAGGAAUACAGCUAACCAGAAUAUAGUCUGAUAGUUGGGUAAUAUAGUCCAGUACUACUCACAUCACUGCAUCAUGGCCAGAUUAGAUUACAGCAAAUGGGAUCACAUUGAGGUCUCCGAUGAUGAGGAUGACACCCAUCCAAAUAUAGACACACCAAGUCUAUUCAGAUGGCGUCAUCAGGCGAGAGUGGAUCGUAUGGAAGAAAGGAAAAAGGAGAGGGAAAAGCUGGAUGAAGAGAAGAAUAAAAUUGAGGAAAUGCGAAAGAAAUUAAUGCAGCAAACUUUGAAAGAAGCUGAUAAAAAAGAGGCUGAAUCCAAAUUUGCUGAAUUGAAAAAACAAGAGGAAAAGUGGAAAAAGAAAGAAGAAGAGCUGGCAAAAAAAGAAAAAUCGGAACCAUGGAACAUUGACACAAUAUGCAAAGAAGGAUUCAGCAAAUCUAUGAUCUCUAAACCUAAAAAAGAAUCUGAAGAAAAUCUAAACGAGGAGGAGCAAAUGCAACGUCAAAAAGCAUAUGCUAAAAAAUAUGAAAAGGAUCUCAAAACUUAUGGGAUGAUGUCAAAAAUUGAUGACAUUCAGAAAUAUCUUCAAAACCAUCCUUAUUUAGUUUGUGACAAAGCUGCAAACUUCCUCGUGAUUUGGUGCAUCGAUUUAGAAGUUGAAGAAAAACAUGCUUUGAUGGAAACGGUCGCCCAUCAGACUAUCAUUUUGCAGUUUAUCCUUGAGUUAGCAAAAACUCUGAAACAAGAUCCUAGAAAUUGUUUCGUUUCAUUCUUUGAAAAGUUCAAAAGAGCUGAUGAAUCUUAUAAUACUGGUUUCUAUGAUGAACUCGCAGCGUUCAAAUUGAGAGUGAAAGAUCGAGCUCAAAUCAGAAUUCAAAAAGCAAUGGAAGAGAUUGAAAGAGAGGAACGCGAGAAAAGAAUAGGUCCAGGUGGUCUCGACCCACAAGAAGUAUUUGAAACCCUUCCGAAAGAAAUGCAAGAUUGUUUCGAAAAGCGUGAUAUUCCAAUGCUUCAGAAAAUAAUCGCUUCUCUCGAACCAGAGCAAGCUAAAUAUCAUAUGAAACGUUGUGUAGAUUCUGGUUUGUGGGUGCCUGGUGGAGGAGGAGCAGGCGAUGAGCAAGAUGAUGCUGAUGAUGCAGAAGAGGCAAAAAAAGAAGAAGAGGUUUAUGAAACUGUUGAUUAAUUUAUUAUGUUUGACUAACAGUAUAAUAUUUUUCCACUAAUUUUAUAUGUUUAAAAUAUUGUUACUCACAAUAUUCAUCACUACCAUUGACUUCUGUUCACUAACCCAUUUACAUUUGUGUGAAUGAAUUAAGUGCAGACAAUUUUUUUCAAAUUUGGUGUUUAUUACAUGUAUGACUAUCCUUUAUGCCAAAAAGAAAGCUACCCAGUCGACUCAUUUUCAUACUGUAUUUCUUUUAUCGACCAAUUUAAAUAUGAAAUUGAUCAGAAUUUGGGGUUAUGUAAAACAACCUGACUGAACAUAAUAUUCAUUUUGAUAAAGUCAUGUUUAGGUGUCAAUCUUAAUUUCCUAGAACAAAAACAAUGACCUAAACAAGUUUAGUUAUUGGACACGUAUUGGACAUAACGAUCGUUUCAAAAUUUUGUUGUUAUUGUUAUUAUUUGUCUCCGUGAACACGUUUUGAAGAAAUCGCUUUUCUCUUCGAAUACUGCACCAAUUGCUUUG